AUGGAUGAGUUAGCCAAAGUCGAGAAUGAUCCGUUUGGUGAGGAUUUUUGAAGGGAAACUGGGAAGAUUAUGAGCUCUGAGACUCAUUUUUGAGCUCUAGAAGUCAAAUUUGAACCCCAGAAGUCAGAAUUGAGCUCCAGAGCUCAUUUUUAAGCUCCGAAAGCCAAUUUAGAGCUUAAAAUCUCUCACCUUUUCUUCUGGAAAUCUCAAAUUUUCAGCCAACACAUCUCUUGAAGUCUUCAUUUAGCAGCAGUUGGAACAAAUUCCGGAACUGUUCAUUUGAUUGAUGUUUUCACUUCGCAAAUCUACAGAGAUAUUUCAGUUCAAGCAAGCCCGAUUAAGUAGGUUUUGAGCUCGAGCGGAGCGAGUGUAAACCGCUAGCUUCCGCGUCAGCGGCCACGCGGAUAAUAGAACUGUGGUGUUGUCACGUCAUAGCAAUCCGCGUGGCCGCUAAAGCGGUAGAUAGUGCCGCUAACGCGGAAGCUUGCGGGUUUACACUCGCGUUUCAGCGCUCGCCCAGCCAAAUUCCUGAUUGUUUUUUUUCAGAUGUCUUGAAUGGGGUGGUGUAUAUUCUCUAGUCACAGCUGGUUUCAAUCAUUCUUUGAGUGCCUCUCAAAUUGUACGAAAUGAGAUAUUUAUCACAGAUAUUCGAACUGGAUUAGCGAGAAGAAUUCGACCAGAAGUUGAUGAAUCACCCAUUUCCAUUUUGAGAGUCAGCUAUUAUCAGUAGGUUUUUGAAUUUUGGGAAAAAAACACAUAAAAUUCGACCAAAACUACUUUGAAACCUGAAAAUUCCAGAAAAUUCUGAAUUUUCCAAUUUCCUGCCAUGAUUUAGAGACCAAAAAAUAUUUUUUUCUGAUUUUUUCAAAAAAUUUGGGAAAAUAUAAUAUGAGCAAUGUUUUUGACACGUGGAUUUUUGAUGCCAAAUUAUUUUCUGAAAAUUUCAGAAAAUUCUGCAUUUUCUCCUCGCAUUUCAGAAUUUCUUGAGAAAUUUGUUAAAACAAGCCAAAAAAAUUUUUUUUUCAGAUUUUUGGGAAAAUAUAAUAUGAGCAAUAUAUAUUUUUGACACGUGGAUUUUUGGUGCCAAAAAUUUAAAAUUAAUAUGAGCAAUCUUUUAAAAAUUCCUUUUUGCGUGAAUUUUCAAAUUUUGAAAAUUUAGAAUUUUGUGGAUCCAAUAAAUGUUCAGUUUAAUAUGAGCAAUAUUUUUGAAUAUUAAUUGUUGUAGCGAAAAAAAUCUCGAAAUAUUGACAUGAGCAAUCUUUAACGCGAAACCCAGCUGAAAAAUUAAUAUAAGAAAUCUUUUGACACGUGGAAAUUUUUCCAUGAACCGGAAAAGUUAUCCCAACUUAGUCAGAAGCUAAAUUAAAUUUAAAAGUCCUGAGUUUACAGGGCGUGCUCCGCAAGCCCUGCUCAAAUUCCUAUAUGUUUCCAGCUGCUACUUGGCCCUUGCUUUCCAACGUGAACCCCUCGAAAUUUGGGACCUAAAAGGUCUUCGACUUCUCCGUCGAAUGUCUCGAAGUUGUCCAUUAAUAGUUGAUAUGGCAUGGUCAAAUAAACAUCAUAGCAUCAAACAAACUGAAUCUACUCAACAAUCGGUUUAUCGGGAAAAUUUGGUAUUAUUAGAUGCCGAAAAUCGAAUUUAUCAUAUCACUUUGAGAGGAUUACAUGUUAGAGAUGGAAAAAUGGUUAAUACACAGGUACUUGAAACAGACAGGAAAGCGGAAUUCGAGCGGAGCGAGUCUAGACCGCAAGCUUCCGCGCAGCGGCAAAGUUAGGCUAACUUUCUGGAUUAUCCGAAGAAGUUAUCCUAACCUUGCCGCUUCGCGGAAGCUUCCGGUUUACACUCGCUUCGCUCGAAAGAUCAUUUGAGAAAAAUCGAUAUUUUCACCCUAAGGGAACCAUUUUUAGGCUGAAAAUAUUGAUUUUUAUUCCAAAAAAUGCUGAAAAUUUGGAAUUUCUAUCUGGAUUUUCCAAAUUUUCACCAGAAAUUUCUCUAAAAAUCGCCGAAUCUGCAAAUUUUCCCUAAAAAUUGAUUGAAAAAUCGAGAUUUUAUGGAAAAUUUCCAGAUUCCGCACAGGGAACCUAUCGUCAAUUUUUUAUCGAGCGGAACGAGUGUAGACCGCAAGCUUCCGCGUAGCGGCCACCUGGAUCACUAUGAUAUGGUAAACGUCAUAGCAAUCCGCGUGGGUGCUAACGCGGAAGCUUGCGGACUACAGUUGCUCUGCUCGAUUUUUCACCUGAAAAUGCUUGAAAACCCGCCGAAUCUGCAAAUUUUCCAUAAAAAUUGAUUGAAAAAUCGAUUUUUUAUGGAAAAUUUCCAGAUUCCGCACAGGGGAACCUAUCGUCAAUUUUUUCGAGCGAAGCGAGUGUAGACCGCAAGCUUCCGCGUAAGCGGCACUAUCUUCCGCCUAGCGGCCACGUGGAUCACUAUGAUAUGGUAAACGUCAUAGCAAUCCGCGUGGUUGCUAACGCGGAAGCUUGCGGACUACAGUUGCUCUGCUCGAUUUUUCACCUGAAAAUGCUUGAAAACCCGCCGAAUCUGAAAUUUUCCCUAAAAAUUGAUUGAAAAAUCGAGAUUUUAUGGAAAAUUUCCAGAUUCCGCACAGGGGAACCUAUCGUCAAUUUUUUUCGAGCGAAGCGAGUGUAGACCGCAAGCUUCCGCGUAAGCGGCACUAUCUUCCGCGUAGCGGCCACGUGGAUCACUAUGAUAUGGUAAACAUCAUAGCAAUCCGCGUGGUUGCUAACGCGGAAGCUUGCGGUCUCUUUUCGAGUGAAGCGAGUGUAAAGUUUUUCUUGCAGUGGAAAAGUGCAAGUGCCCAAAUAUGUGCAAUGGCCUGGAAAGACGAUAUGUUAGCAGUUGGAGAUGUUGAAGGAAGUCUUGUUGUUUGGGAUUUGGGAAAACGACAAUCGAGACAAGUGAGGGAUAUUAGUCAUUCAAGAGUUCAUCGAAUGCUUUUCUCGAGAUUGGCUGGAGAUCAUACUAUGGCUGUACUACAUUCAAGGUAACCGCAAGCUUCCGCGCAGCGGCCACGCGGAUUACUAUGAUAUGGCAAACGUCAUAAUAAACCGCGUGGUCACUUCACGUGAGCUUGCGGUCUACACUCAAUUUACACCUGAAAAUGCUUAAAACCCGCCGAAUCUGAAAUUUUCUAUAAAAAUUGAUUGAAAAAUUGAGGUUUUAUGGAAAAUUUCAAGAUUCCGCACAGGGAAAUCUAUCGCCAAUUUUUUUCGAGCGAAAGCGAGUGUAGACCGCAAGCUUCCGCGUAAGCGGUACUAUCUUCCGCGCAGCGGCCACGUGGAUUACUUUGAUAUGGUAAACGUCAUAGCGAAUUUUGAAGGAGCAAAUGUUGAUCGCAAGCUUCCGCGAAGCGGCAGUUACCCAAACUUCAGCUAUGUACAGGGCGUGCUCCGCAAGCCCUGCUCAAAUACCUUUUUCUCUUUUUUGCAGAGAAGUAACCCUAUGGGACACCGAAGCCAUGUCUCGCAUCCAAACAAUUCGCUCCGAUUCAACUCGUCUUUUUUUGGAUGCCGAUUUGUGUGGCCUAAGCCCGCUUGUUCUAUCAAAUGAUAAUCAAUUACGAUUUGUGGUGUCGAAUUCGAAAAAUAUUGGAAUUUCCGAAAAAGAAUGGCCUGUUUUGUAUAAAAAUGAGGAAAAUGAGAAGGAAAAUGACAUGAAAUUGGAAAAAAUGCGAAGAAGAAUGAGAGGAGAACAUUUUGAAGCGGAUUUAUUGGAUAUUUGUAUUGAUCGGAUUUGGGAAAAUACACAGGAGAAUGAAAAGAAUCAGUUGGCACCGAAUUUGCAAAUGUUUUGGAGAAAUGAGGAGUUUAGGGUGGGUUAGAGACGCAGCGGAGCUAGAGAAACUAGAGAUGAGAGACGCAGAGGAGUUAGAGAGCAUGUAGAAGUUGGAGAAAUAUAGAGGUUAGACAGCUAGACUCUCGAAGAGGUUAGAGAAGAAGAUGAUCUAAAAAUACCUGAAAAGCUAGAGACGCAGAGGAGCUAGAGAUCACAGAGUAUAUUUUUGCAGCUCCGUGAAUCUCGUGUGAUAUCAAUAGCCUCGAAAUCAGAUGAAUCAGUGAUUGAUCGUCGAUUAGUUGAACAAGGUGUUGUAUUAGGAGGAUUGGCAAAAGAUCGUGUUAUUGAUCGAUUGAUUGUGUCGCCGGAUUUGAGAUAUUCAUCGAUUAAAGGUCAGGGGAAUUUUUGGGCGGAAAUUGGGAGAAUUUUGUGAUGAAACCUGGAGCCGAAUUCACAGAAGUGGCAUACCAAAAAUAGCUGAACAAAAUUUUUUCUUCAGCAAUUUUUGGUAUACCACUUCUGUGAAUUUUCAAGGAUUUUCACGAAUUUACAGCUGAAAACCUCCUUGAAUUUUCGAGUUGAAACUGAAAAGUAAAAUUCUACUGAAAUUCUAGCUUAAUCUAUUUUUUCUGUCGAUUUUACGGUGUGAUUCAAAACGAAAAAAUUAAAAAAAAAAACGUUUUUUUGCAAAAAAUUUCGAUUUAGCAAAUGUCAAAAAACUAUAUUUUUUCCUAAAAUGAAAAAUAUCUCGCAGCGAAAAUGUUUCAAUGAAAAAAUUGAAAAAAAUAUAAUUUUUUUGACAUUUGCUGAAUUGAAAUUUUUUGUAAAAAAAAUGUUUUUUAUUAUUUUUUUUCGACUUGAAUCACCCCAUAAAAAAUGAAACUAAAACCAUUUACAUUUCAAGAAUUUGCACUUUUUUUUUGAAUUUACAGUUGAAAACCUCUAAAUUUUUGAAAAAAAAACUGAAAAGUGGGGAAAAUCUCAAUUCUACUGAAAUUCUAGCUGUCGAUUUCAGGAUUUUCUAGAAAUAAAAUUUGAAACAGUGAAAACACGGAUAUAGAAAUUCCAGAUUUUUUUUUCCUUUCCAAAAAUUCUCCUGUUUUGCAGCUGCCCUCCUGGUUUCCUCCCAAAACGAUGAAAAAUCAAAAUCACUCAUCAAAUUAAUUGCCACAAAUCUAAUCGCAUCGGAUUUGAUUGAAGAUGGUGUCGAAUUAUUAUUUUUGGUUGGCGCCGGAAAUGAUGCUUGUAAAUAUUUGCAAUCACAAAAAAUGUGGAUGAAAAGUAUUGUUUAUGCUAAGGUGAGCAAUGAUCAUUUGACAAAUAAAACUAGAAUAAAAUAAAUAUAUUUCCAGAUGGGUCUAUCCGAUCCUUCGGAAAUCGAAUCAAAAUGGAUACAACAUUCUGGCCGAAUCGAAUCCCUCAUCUCAACUUCGAAUCCAAGCCGAUGCUGCCAGAUCCAAUUUUCCCGAUGUUGUUGA